GCUGCUGCUGUAGCAAUAGCAACUAGCAAGUGGUUCGUCGAAGUGCAACUGCAAAUUGGAUGUUGGAUUGUUAUUUUAUUGAGUAAUGUUUCUUGGGAUGCUUGCUUAUGUAACUUAAAACAGGAAACUUCAACCAGUUCUACGCCUAGCCGACAAUUACUGACGUCAGCUCAGUCGCUGGAGACAAAUUGGUGAACAUUCAAUUUCACCGAACGUGUGCAUGAAAACUAUUCACAAAGUGAUUAGUUUUUAAAUUAAUAAAUCGCGAGUCUUUCAAGGAUUGUGAAUAACUUAAGUCAUUACUAUAUUUUUCCUUUAUAUUGCCAGUUUUAGAGUGAAAAGAAAAUGGUUGUAAAAAGUGGCAGAGCAUUGCAUUUUGUGUUUAAAGUUGCUGAUCGUGCUGAAACAACAAAAUUUUACCUUUCAGUAUUGGGAAUGAAGGCAUUAAGACAUGAAGAAUUUCAAGAAGGAUGUGAUGCUGCUUGUAAUGGGCCUUACGACAAUCGAUGGAGUAAGACAAUGGUAGGAUACGGCCCAGAAGAUACCCAUUUUGUGGUAGAGCUCACAUACAAUUAUAAUGUUCACAAGUAUGAACAGGGUAAUGACUUUCAAGGAAUCACAAUCAGAUCUCGUGAAGCUAUUGAGCGAGCUAAAGCUGCUGGUUGGCCAAUUAAGGAGGAAAACGGAGUUCACGUUGUCGAAGCACCUGGUGGAUACAAAUAUUUUCUGUUAAAUGAACCUCAGCCUACAGAUAAAGAUCCAGUUGAAAAAGUUACCCUCUCCAGCUCAAACCUUGCUCGCACUCUGGCUUAUUGGAAUGAGAUCCUUGGACUCAAGAUUUUCUCUAAGGAAAAUGACAAGGCUCUUCUUGCUUUUGCAGAAUCUCAGGCUAAACUGGAAUUCAAGGAUAUCGGUAAGCCUGUUGAUCAUGCAACAGCGUAUGGACGCAUUGCAUACUCUGUGCCAAAAGCUGAACAACCAGUCAUUGAUAAGAAGAUCCAAGAGACAGGAAACAAGAUCUUAACUCCUCUCAUCACGCUGGACACUCCAGGCAAGGCUUCAGUCACCGUCAUCAUUCUUGCUGAUCCAGAUGAACAUGAAAUUUGCUUUGUAGAUGACGAAAGCUUCAGAGUUUUGUCAGAAGUGGAUCCAAAAGCUGAAGCAUCUCUUUACAAAUACAUUGAGAAAGAUGAAAAAAGAAGAAAGGUGUAAUGAAAUUCUUCACUUCCUCUUUGGUGGUGGACUGGACUUGGUACUUAUUGUGAUAUUUACUUAUUGCUUUCAAACAUUACACUCCAAAAACAUUGAGAAAAUAUGUUGUUUAAAACUAUUGUAAUACUUGUCUCUACUUUCUACAAUAUUAUAUAAUAAUGUUAUCCUACAUUAAUUAUUAUUUUGUGCUUGUUAAAUAUAUAUAUUAGUUUUUUAGAAAAUUCACAUUAUUUACCGUAUGUACCCAAGUCUUUUACAUAGUUAUGAAUUUAGUGUUUAUUUUAUAGAUACAAUCUCUAAGUCAAUAUGUAAUUAUGUAGUGGAACAACUCCAUAUCUAUAGCCCAAAACCUCGUUUUGUUGACACUUAUAUUAUAAAAAUACCUGGUCUUCACUUCCAAAGACAGACUCAAAAGUCUGUUCCCUUCCCACCUCCUAAAGUAAUGAAAAUUUAAUAUGUAUUUUUUGUUUGGUCAUGAAACUUAAAUUAGUGAAAAAUGUGUAUAUAUUUAAGUUUAUUGUCAUUUGGAAAUCGACCACAAAAGAUUCCUUACACAUGAGGUUCUUGAACCUUUAUAAGUUAGGCUCAUAAACUUUGAAACAUUAUUUUCAUA